UUUGACAGCGCCGCAUCGACAAAAAUCUUUGGGCAAAUUCGGCAAAAUCCAAAAUAAACGUCAGUCAUCCAGUCAUCCAAAUAACACGGAUUUUUUUUUUCUCUGUUGAUCAUGGCAUCGAUUUCGACUAUCUGCCGCGUUGGAUUAAAAUUUCUUCAGCUGCCUCACACGGGUUUUCUUGCUCCGUAUGUCCAGGCUGUGGCAGCAAUUCAACAAAACCAAGUCCGUCACCGGCGAACCAAGCAUUUCGAUCCCAAGUGGAAGCGAUUGCGUAAACAAAAAUUCGUCAAGGUAGAUAUUCCAAAUUUAAACGAAAAGGCGGAGGAUUUCAGCCAGGAGCAGACCAAAACAAGAAUGAAAGAGCGUGGAAUCUUACCACCGCGUCCGUGGAUGGAGCGCCCAUUUCACAUCAGUUGUACUGGAGGGGUGUUCGAACCGUACGUUCCACCAGAAGGGGAUGGAAAGAUGUCGGCAGUCUCGAAGGAAGGUGCUAAACAAAAAUUCGAACAACUAGAGAAGAAAACAAAAUCAAUGAUGGCCGUAAGAAAAAUACGAAGCUUUGAUGACGACUUUGAACCUCCGGAAUUUGCUGCUGCGGCACAGGAGAUAUACAUCCAAACGCAUACCUUACUGGCUGAGAAGAACAAGUACAAGAUUCGUGAAAUAGUGACAGAAAGAGCCUAUCCGGAGUUGAUGCACAAUGUGAAAGAUAAGACCAUACGCUGGAGAUUCAUCAAGUCGUUAGAGCCUCCACGAGUCGUUCAUGCUCGUUGCACAGAUGUUGUCAGUAAGGAUAAUAUUUUCGGUCAAGUGACGGUGCGAUUCCAUACCCAACAGUCACUCGCCAUUUACGAUCGAUUUGGACGAUUGAUGCAUGGAAGUGAAAUAAUCGCGAAAGAUUGCUUGGAGUACGUCGUAUUCGAGAAGCAUCUUUCUAACGAAUAUGGAGUCUGGCGGCUACACGAAAAAAUAAUCCCAGACUGGACGCCACCGAAGUCGCCAGCUUACAUAACUUAUCGGGUAGACGAUGAACCUACGCCUUCCAACGAUAAGCAACCUAAAGAUGUAGCAGCAACUGUUGAAGCCGAUGCGGAUAAGUUAACAACCGCCAAUGCUUAGAAAACUAGCGUUGGAACCUCAAAGUAAGUUGUUACACAUAUAUAACAAAAUAUUUAGAUUCAUGGAGAAAAUGUUAGAAUAAUUAAA